GCUGCUGAGAUUUUCUCAUGGCACUACCACUUUCGGGGCUAUUGAGGAGAUGCUGAAGUGGUAGCAUUGGCACGACGGCAUUGGCACGGACCGCACGGCAGGGUAUGUUUAUUGGAUCGAGGGGCGUAGAUAAAUUGAGCAAACGAUGGCAGGACCCAACACCAUCAUAUCUUCCUGUUUUCUUUUCUCUUUUUUCUUUUUUCUGGGCGACUUUCCGGUAUUAGCUAUAGUCACUCUUUCAACAUACACUUUCAGCAUGAGGUACAGUCACUCUCUAGCACAAAAAGCACAGAACCGACUCUGGAGGUUCAAAUUACACUCGUUUAAAAAAAAGUUCUUCGAUGCAUCUUAAUAUGUGGUUUGGUUUUUAGAUAAACAAGCAUUAAAAACACCACAUGUGC